UGGUGUGAAGAAAGUUUAAACUGAAGAAUACCUAAGGUGGACUCAUGCUGUGUUUUCUUCACGUUGAGGGCACCACCGCCACCACCCCACUGCCUCAGCAAACGGAAGAAACACAAACAACUCUUGCCGCUCAUUCUACCAUACUCAAGUUCACGUCUUUGCCUCUCCAGUAACCUUUUAAACCAUUUUUCACCAUCUCGCUUUUCACUCUCUGCACUCCUAUCAUGUUAUAUUAUGUUCCCCCAACUUUGUUCAAUUUGUAGCUAUGACUCAGUCAUUUUGCAUUACAUCUAUAUACUGAAAACCAAUCUCUAUUAAAAAAACGAUGGUUUUUCAAUACUUAGUGCAGAAAGUAAAGAGUUUAUGGAUAAUGGAGCUGUUUUCAUUCUUCCAUGUAGUUCUACUGUUUCGUUGUUAAACCUCGUGGAAGGACAUGGGGAAGGACUGAGAAAUUUAGUGAGCAUAUUGUGUUGUGUUUGGAGUAGAGCACAUGUGGUAUACGGCAAGGUAUGCAAUUCCUGAAACUUCCUCGCCUUCUUAUGCCACAUAUGAGGAGGAUACAUCUACAUUCGCAGCCAUUGCCAUCGGAAAGCACUUACAGAUUUUGUGGCAUUGAUGAUGCUGUGGCUUUGUUUCAUCGCAUGGUUGAUAUGCAUCCCCUGCCAUCGAUUGUGGAAUUCACCAAAAUCUUAGGAAUGAUUGUGAAGAUGAAAUACUAUGCAACAGCUAUUAAUCUAUAUAACCUAAUGGAAUAUAAGGGUGUUGUGCCGUUUACUGUCACUUUUAACAUUUUGAUCAACUCUUUCUGCCACAUGGGUCGGAUGAAUUUUGCAUUCUCUGUAAUGGGUAAGAUUCUUAAGUGGGGUUGUCAACCAAAUGUUGUGACUUUUACUACGCUGAUGAAGGGGUUCUGUAUUAAUGAUAAGAUGCUGGAUGCACUACACAUUUACAAUGAAAUGGUUGCUCGAAGGAUUUCGGUUGAUGAUGUUCUCCAUGGAACCUUAAUCAAUGGGCUGUGUAAGAGUAAGAUGGGAAACACAAGAGCUGCCAUUCAACUGCUUCAGAAGAUGGGGGGAGAGGAGGUUAAGCCCAAUAUUGUAAUAUACAAUACAGUUAUCCAUGGUUUGUGCAAAGAUGGACAUAUAAAUGAGGCACGUGUUUUGUGUUCCAAAAUGAUUGUUCAGGGAAUUUUCCCAGAUAUUUUCACUUUUAGUUCAUUAAUUUAUGGUUUGUGUCGUGCGGGCCAACGGAAAGAAGUUAGAUCUUUGCUGAAUGGGAAUUGUUUAAACAAAAAAGUGGAUGAGGCAAGAGAGUUAUUUAAUUUGAUGAUUGAAAGAGGUGAACAACCUGACAUUACUACUUAUACUAUUUUGAUGCAUGGGUAUUGUUUAAACAAAAAAGUGGAUGAGGCAAGAGAGCUAUUUAAUUUGAUGAUUGAAAGAGGUGAACAACCUGACAUUACUACUUAUACUAUUUUGAUGCAUGGGUAUUGUUUGAUUGAUAGAGUGGAAGAGGCAAUAAAAUUAUUUCAUGGGAUGAUUGAAAGGGGUUUGGUGCCUGAUGUGUGGAGCUAUAACAUCUUGAUUAAAGGUUAUUGCAAGAUUGAAAGAGUGGAUGAAGCUUUCAGUGUGUUUAAACAUAUGCGUCUUACGAAUUUAGUUCCAAAUAUUAUAACUCACAAUUCUCUGGUUGAUGGUUUAUGCAAAUCUGGGAAAAUCUCUCGUGCACGGAAGCAUGUUGAUGAAAUGCGUUAUUGGGGUCCACCUCCCAAUGUAACCACUUACAAUAUCUUGUUAGAAUCUUUAUGUAGUAGUGAGCAUGUUGACAAGGCAAUUACAUUUUUUAAACAUCUCAUCUUUGAAAGAAGUUUUGCCCCUAAUGUUUGGAGUUACAACAUCUUGAUUAGUGGCUGUUGCAAGAAUAGAAGAUUGGAUGAAGCCGUGAAUCUUUUUAAGCAAAUGUGUUUCAAGAAUUUGGUUCCAGAUAUUGUAACCUACAAUAUCUUGUUAGAUGGUUUAUGCAACGGGCAGCAACUUGACAAGGCAAUUGCACUAUUAAAAGAUCUAAUUGUUGAUCAAGGUAUUAGUCCAAAUUUGCGCACAUACAAUAUACUUAUAAAUGGGUUGCACAAAAGUGGGAGGCCAAAGACUGCACGGAAGAUUUCCCAGUAUCUUUUCAUUAGAGGCUAUCAUCCAGAUGUCCAAACCUAUAUAAUAAAUGAGCUUUGUAAAGGUGGAUUUUUAGAAUAAAGAUUUGCCUCACUUUUACAAUAAAAGGAAGGCAAUCGGCUCCCUUCGGAUAUCGGAGUCAGUUAUUCAUCUGCUUUGGAGAAAAAUGUGGGAAUGAUGAAGCUGAGGAAGCUUUUUUGACAAAUGAUCACUACAUGUGUGGAAAACAAGGCCUUCCCCGAUUGCAAUAUACAUCGUUGCGUUCACUGGUUGUGAUUUAUGAAAGUUUACUAAGUGGAAAUGCUGCUUGUAGUCACUAGGGCAUCCUGUUCCAGGGAACUGCUUCCCCUUUUUUCCGACUACCUUCAAUUUCGACUCCAGAUGAAGAGAAUUUUAGGGCAGCUAUAACAUCUUGAUUAACAUCCCAAAGUACAUCUUGAUUAUAGCUUCCACCAUAAUCUCUUCCAUUCCUCUUUCCUCCUUAUUCAGGGUCUUCAUUGAAGUGAAUUCUAAUAAAAAGAAAAAAAAGGAAUAGAGUGAAAAGAAAGGGAGAUAUAUAUGGUUUUCAUUGACUUGAAGUUGAAGGCUUUGAAAAAGAAAGGACUUUGCAUUUAUAGCCCAUACACCAAGGAAAUUCGAAAGAGGAAAAUGAUCGCAUGGAUAAAGUGUAGCACAAGAUGAGAAGAAAAGAUAACGAUCUAAGAAGUGUGUUUUUAGUUUGUAAAGCUAAUUUCAUUGUUCAAAAAUGAUUCAUAACCUGUUCCAAAUGGAUAACCCAAAUAGAUUGAGAUAUCUUUUAUAUAAAAUUGUCAAGUUUUGAUA